AUGGGAUAUUUGAUAUACGCCUAUUUCAUUAGACCUCGAGGCUCUCCCUUGGAGCUCGGUCAACGAUUAACAGGUCGUGAAGCUUGGACUAGAAAUUAUAUAUAUCCAAAUCACUGGCGCACGGGAACAAUCACCGGUGUCGUAGAAAAAACAGGCGCAACACAAAAUACACUAACACCCAAUCAAUCAAAGUCAGCCACAUCAAUUCUCAAUUGCACCACAAUUACUUAUAUUAUCCUCUACUGGAUACUGGUGAUUUCUUUAUCUUGGGUUUGGGGAUUACUAUUUAUGCCGGCACCAGUCCCAACGCAAACAAAGACCGUUGUGUCAUUGCCUACACCAACCACCACUUCUUAUCCCGCCACAGCUACCUUUUUCUAUCGAACAAAGUAUCAGGGUGUUGUUGGGAAUCGAGUCACUGUUACUACUACUUACACGCCUCCCGUUAUUCCUGAGAAACUUCCUGAUUUCUAUUAA